AUAUGCUCGGAGGGUUUGCGACGGCUUCGAGCGUUUUUUUGUAAAAUAGUGAAUUAGUGGUUAAUUUCCUUUAUUAUUCACUUUUAACGUUCCUUUAGCUAGUAACAAUUAAUAGGAGUGUGAAAAUACAUUCAAAUUAAGAGUCGCUUGGGCUUGAUCUGCAACAUAUCGAUUCGGCGUAUAUACCAUACAAAGCUAGGUUAUAAUUAGAUUUUCGGCAUUUCCCACUAGUGUUCAUUUGAAAUGGAAAGCAUGGAUGUCGCUCAAGAAGGUACCUCGGCAGCGUCUACGCCCGUCGUGGAAAACGGGCCCGACAAGAAUGUUACGGCGGAGGAAAUGACUUCAAGAGACUACUAUUUCGACUCGUAUGCCCAUUUCGGUAUUCACGAGGAGAUGUUAAAGGACGAAGUUCGCACACUCACGUAUAGGAAUGCUAUGUACCACAAUAAACACUUAUUUAAGGGAAAAGUAGUGUUAGACAUAGGCUGCGGCACGGGCAUCCUCUCGAUGUUCGCUGCCAAGGCUGGAGCGGCCAAGGUGAUCGCGGUGGAGUGCUCCAACAUCGUGGACUACGCGCGCAAGAUCGUCGAGGCCAAUCGGCUCGAUGACGUCAUCGAGAUCAUCAAGGGCAAGGUAGAGGAGAUUGAGCUGCCCGUUGAGAAAGUGGACAUCAUCAUCUCGGAGUGGAUGGGCUACUGCCUGUUCUACGAGAGCAUGUUGGACACGGUGCUGUUUGCUCGUGACAAGUGGCUGCAGCCUGAUGGCAUGCUCUUCCCGGACAGGUGCACCCUAUUCAUCUGCGGCAUCGAGGACCGGCAGUACAAGGACGAGAAAAUCAACUGGUGGGACGAUGUGUACGGUUUCGACAUGUCGUCCAUCCGCAAGGUGGCCAUCUCGGAGCCGCUGGUCGACGUGGUUGAUGCCAAACAGGUAGUCACGAAUUCGUGUCUGCUGAAAGAAAUAGAUCUUUACACGGUCAAGAAAGAAGAUCUCAACUUCGAAUCUAAAUUCCAUCUGCAAGUCCGCCGCAACGACUUUAUCCAGGCGCUGGUGACGUUCUUCAACGUGGAGUUCACGAAGUCGCACAAGCGGCUCGGGUUCAGCACGGCGCCCGAGGCGCCCUACACUCACUGGAAGCAGACCGUCUUCUACUUCGAUGAGUAUAUGACUGUAAAGAAGCAGGAAGAGAUAACGGGCACGUUCUCGAUGCGGCAGAACGCGCGCAACAACCGGGACCUCGACUUCGAGAUCGAGAUCGACUUCAAGGGCGAGCUGUGCCAGGUGCAGGAGAAAAACCACUACAGGAUGCGCUGA